UUUGUAAAGGAUUUUAAUGAGAACAGAUGCAGUAUCAAAGAAGCAGCUCUUGAUCUCACACUCUACUUCCUGAGAGAGAUGAAGCAAGAUGAAGCUGCUGAUACUUUAGAAGAUGAGCUGUUUUUCAUUCAUAAGCUAAAAUGUAGCUUAAAGGAAAAAUAUCAAUGUGUGUUUGAAGGAAUUGCAAAGCAAGGUGACUCUACACUUCUGAAAAACAUCUACACAGAUCUCUAUAUCACUCAGGGUUGUAGUGAACAGGUCAAUACUGAACAUGAGGUAAGACAGAUUGAAAUUGCUUCGAGGCGUCAUGAAUCAGAAGAAAUACAGGUUGAAUGCACAAAUUUGUUUAAAACACCUGAACAAGACAAGCAGAUCAGAACUGUACUUACAAAAGGAGUUGCUGGCAUCGGAAAAUCAGUCUCUGUACAGAAUUUUGUUCUGGAUUGGGCUGAAGGAAAAGAAAAUCAAGAUAUCAGCUUCAUAUUUCCUCUUCCAUUUAGAGAGAUGAACUUAAAGGAGAAAGAAAAACUAAGUUUGAUGGACCUUAUAACUCAGUUUUUCCCUGAGACUAAAGGACUGAACCUUACAAGAAGGAACCAAAAAGUUCUGUUCAUUCUUGAUGGUUUGGAUGAAUUUCGUCUUCCUUUAAACUUUAAGGAAAAUGAGACAUUGCAUGAUGUGUCUUCACCAUCAUCUCUGGAUGUUCUCCUAACAAACCUCAUCAAGGGAAAUCUGCUUCCUUCUGCUCUCAUCUGGAUCACCACCAGACCAGCAGCUGCCAGUAAGAUUCCUCCUGACUGUAUCGACCGGCUGACAGAGAUACGAGGAUUCAAUGAUGCACAAAAGGAGGAGUACUUCAGAAAAAGAUUUACAGAUGAGGAUCUGGCCAAAGAAAUCACUGAUCAUGUUAAACAAUCAAAGAGUCUCUUUAUCAUGUGCCACAUCCCAGUCUUCUGCUGGAUUUCAGCCACUGUUCUCCAGAUCAUUUUAGAGGUGAAAAGAAAUAAGGUUGUGAAAAAUAAUCAGGCUGAUGACGCCUCCAAAAAACUGCAGGAAUCAAAUAUUGAAGACACUCCUAAGACUCUGACACAAAUGUAUGUGCACUUUCUCCGAUUUCAGAUCCUGCAGAGCAGACGAAAGUAUGAUGGAGAAUAUACACCAGAUGUUUCCUGGGAUAAAGAUGCCAUCCUUUCACUUGGGAAACUGGCAUUUCAUCAGCUGGAAAGAAACAAUGUGAUCUUCUAUGGCACAGACCUGGAAGCCUGUGGUAUUGAUGUUUAUAAGGCAUCAGUGUAUUCAGGCAUGUGUACCGAGAUCUUUAAGGAGGAAACCGGGAUCGUUCUUGGUACCAUGUACUGCUUCGUUCACUUGAGCAUUCAAGAGUUUAUUGCAGCCCUUUAUGCUCAUCUGUUUCUAGACAUAAAGAAGAGAAGUAUAUUUGUUCAUGAGUCUACAGAACAGGAAAACAAAAGUGAAACCAUGAUUGAUUUGCUCAAGACUGCAGUGGACAAGGCACUAGAGAGUGAUAAUGGACACCUGGAUCUUUUUCUUCGAUUCCUCCUUGGUUUGUCACUCCAGUCCAAUCAGCGACUCUUACAGGGUCUGUUGACACAGCAGGUUGGAAAUGACCAAAUCAAAAAGGAAAUAGUCCAGUACAUCAAGCAGAAAUUUGAAGCUAAUCUGUCUCCAGAGAGAUCCAUCAAUCUGUUCUACUGUCUGAAUGAACUGAACGACCAAACUCUGGUGAAAGACAUUCAGACCCACCUUAGCAAAGGAAGUCUCUCAUCUGCUGAUCUUUCACCUGCCCAGUGGUCUGCUUUGGCCUUUGUGUUGUUGACAUCAGAGGAGGAGCUGGAGGAGUUUGAGCUUCAGAAAUUCAAGAAAUCAGAUGAGUGUCUCAUUAGAUUAUUGGCAGUCAUCAAAACCUCCAAAAGAGCUCUGUAAGUUGAUCAUUUUUUGCUUUAA